AUGGACUACGACCCCGACGGCGCGGCGCUGUCGGCGCCGCGGUCCUCGCGGCUGCAGGAGCUGCGACGGCAGUGGCGUGAGAGACAGCAGUAUCGCGAUGGACCAGGGACGCCCAGCCCCUUGUUGCAGACGCCGACGAGGCGCCUGGCAGACCUGCUGGCCGCUGCUGAGUCACCUGUGCAGGACGUUUUGGCAUGCCAACGCUUGAGUCCAAGCCUUCAAGAGCCUUGCUCGGACACGUUGGCAAAGACUUGGCAGGACCAACUUCCUGAGCCCGGGGAGGAGGCCUUCGUGGCUGCGCGGGCGAGCGUGCGCCGGGAUGAGUACCUGAAGCUGGAGUCCUGGCUCAUGGCUGGAGGCUCCCCGGAACCGUUUGCGCCUUGGUUCCGGGAGCUGCUCAUGGACAUGGACGACGAGGCCUUUGCCGCUGCUUGCCGCGCGGUCGCGUCGCACUACCGCCGGGCGGCGGAGCAGCGCGCGCUAGGCCUUGACACAGCCGCAGCGCCGUGCAGGCCCUGGCUCCCGGGCUUCCUGGAGAGACUCCGGACUUCUUCGCCCAAAAGCCUCAAGCAGGCCGUGGAGUUGGUGGCAGCGCUGCUGGCAGCUCCCAGGCAUUCCAGGACGGCAACCUCCUUGCAGCGCCACGAGUUCUUCGACGAGCUCUGUUCCCUUCCGCCGUCUGCAGGGGCCGAGAGCCUCCUCCGAGGCUGCGAGGCGCAUGGCGCCCUCCAAAAGGAGGACCUCGACGAGCUGCGACGCAUAGUGGCACCCGCGCCUGCCCUGCCAGUGGGCAAGCAGGAGGUCCCACAUGGGCCUCACCUGGAGCAGAGCAGCUUCCUUGCCUCGCCCAUGAGGCCUGUGGCACAGGGCCCCGAGGACCCGCUUCGGCUGCUUGGCACCGCCUCCCCAAAGUCCUGGCGUCAGCGCCUUGAGGCUCUUGAGACGAUCCAAGGGCCAGAUGCAGACGGUGUCCACGGUCAGCUGCUGUGGCCGCAGCUGGUGCUUCAGGCCGAGGAUGACCAUCCGGCCGUCGCUGCGGCGUCGCUGCGCUGUCUGGCGCGUCUGGCGCCGCUCCUGUCCGCCCCUGGCGAUCACCUGCUUGCCCGCCUCGCCGCAGCGGUGAAAGCCUGCUCGAAGGGCCGCCUGCGGGAAAAAGAAGCGGCCCGGGUGCUGCUGGGUGCUGCGGCGAGGUGCCCCCGUGCUGUGGGGGGCCCCGCGGGCCUCGGUGCCUUCUUGGGCCUGGCCCUGGGCCUUCAGAAGGAUCGGGCGAAAGCACUAGUCCUGGAGCUGAUGGCAGAAAGGCACCAGCCGGCCAAUGCUGGAGGUUCCGGUCUGCCGGCGCCGCUGGAGGCCCUGCUCCAGGAACUGGGAAAGCUGCGGCCGCCAGAGAUACGGCGCGGAGGCUUCACCCCAAGCCCCAGCCGUCGGCACGCGGCGCUGGGCAGCCCGGAUUUUCCGCAGGGCCCCAGGAUCUCGCCCGUUCAGAAGGCGACACCUUCCACGACUUCGCCCGGCUUCCUGGCCUUCGCUGAGGCCCUGCCAGAUCCCGACUCGGUGCCGCCACUUUGCCGCUUCGCAUCGCCAGUGAAGCUAUGGAAACAGGUUCGGCCCUGGGAAGCUAGGACGCCGGAUACUAUUCGAGGGAGCGCCACCUCUUUCGGGCCCUCUCUCCCUUCGGAGUCCCGGCUCCUGAGCCUCUCCCAGGCGCCCUCGCCGGAAGAUCUCGGUGACACGCAGAGCACGGCGAUGGGAACCUCGCCAGAGGAUCCCAUCAGCCCGGAGGCGCCGAUCAAGCCGGAUGGGGCAGAGGAGGGGGAAGGAGACGAGGAGGACGAGGAGGAGGAGGCUGCCUUCCUGGAGUCUUUCCUGACCCGCCUGGACACGGAGACACCAAAGGCCGUCGCCCAAGCGCUGGCGCAGUCCUGUCCCGAGGCAGCGCGUGCUGUCGACUUCCUCCUUAGCUGCCUGUUGACACCGCCUGGAGGUGUCAGCAGUGGAAAGCUGGCCGAGCUCCUUCAAAGCUUCGUGGAGGAGCUCCUGUCGGGAGACCGGGACCUGAGAGACCUGGACCUUCCCUCGUUGCCGGCUGUCGUCGAUGCGGCCUCGGCGGGGCGGCUCAGCGCGGCGCUUCCGGCGCUGCGGCGGGGGCUGGAGCCACUCUUGCGGCACUUGGCCCCAGGAGCCGUCCCCGAAACAUGCUGGACACAGCUCCGACGAAUUCUCGCGGAGAG